AUGUUAGUAAGUCGUAUAAUUCAUCCUUAUUAUAAAUUAUUUAAACGAGAGAAAAAUAUUCAAACACGAUGGCGUGACAAUGAUAUUUAUGGUCAUGUUAAUAAUGUUGUUUAUGGUGAAUGGAUCGAUUCAAUUGUUAAUAAAUAUUUAAUUGAAAAAUGUUCACUUGAACCAUUAAAAUCUCCAUUAAUAGGUUUUGUUGUUUCUUCUCAUUGUGAAUAUUAUUCUCCAAUAUCAUAUCCAUCAAAAAUUUCAGCUGGCUUAUUUGUUAAACGAAUAGAAAAAGCUUCAGCUGUUGGUGGUUUUAUUCAUGUUUUUGUUGAUCGAAUAAAUCGUCGUCCUCAAACAAUCAAUGAUGAAAUGAAAAAGCAACUUUUAUCUAUAUCAAAUAUAAUUGAUUAA